UAUUAUUAUUAUUAUUAUUAUUAUUAUUAUUAUAUAGAAUUGUUUUUUCUUGGAAAGAAGAACGCCCCAAAUAAUCUAUCUGCUACCAUUCUCCAUCUAUCCAUCUUUCUACUCCCUAUAUUCAUCAAUCGAUUGCUGCCCAACCCCAAUUCAAUCCACGAUCAAUUCUUAAUCGAUGGCGAUGAGGGACUUAGUGACCGGCGGGGCAGCAUGCGCUGUGCCCGGUUCUUCCUCUUCGUCAAACCCUCUCGGUGCUCUUGCAAACGCCCUUAUUGGCUCUUCAUCUCAAAAGGAAAGGUUGCAGGAGAUUCCUACAUCAUCACUUAAUCCUUCUGGCAAUAAUCUUUACCCGGGAGUCGUAGAUCCUAUGUCAGCACUUCCUGGUUCAGAGUUGGAACAUCCUCUGCAUCAACAAAACAAGGGCUCAGAGUUCCUUAACGGUUUCCACGCUGCAAACGACAACCGACUUGGCGAAGUUUGGGACGGAAUACAAAAUCCUCAGGUUCCUCAUUUCCCUCCAGGGCAACCACAACUUCAACCCGAGUUAAACGGUCCACCUCAACGAGUAUUAUCAAGCUUUUUGCAUUCGUUUGUUAAUAGCAGUCAUGGUGGAGUUCCUUUUGGUCCCACUCAACUUCCCGUAUUAGGGUUGUCUGAAGGGGACAAACGUUGCAUACGUGAUCGUAGUAGCAUUAUGGCUAGACAUAUAUUUGCUGACCGAAGUGAGGAUUUCAUCAAUGGCCAGGUGAAUGCUCUGUUAUCUUCGUUAGAAAUCGACAAUCAGGGUAUGGCUCGGGGCCCGAUGCCUGGAAGAUACCCCGAGCUGGAACAAUAUUGGGGUGAGUCUCAAGCCAUGCCACCUAGACCGCACGGUCCAGAUGGUUGGGCUGAUGAAUUUUCCCAACAAAGAUUAGGUCAAGCUGACCCUAAUGCGUGGGCCCUAUCCUUUGAACGUCAACAUGGCGCUGGUGGUUGGGCUUCUGAAUUUGAACACGAGCAACGUCAGAUGACGUCUGUCGAUCGAAUGGCUGGUACAAAUAUUCCGUCUUUGGCUGCUAUGGAGCAGACUCGUAUGCUAGCACACACCUUAGCUCAGAACAACAACCCUAAAUUUCAGAACUCAAAGUUCCUUCAGUUUGUUUCCAAGAUGAGUCGUGGGGAGUUGACUAUUGAGGAUAACCAGGUCAAACCCGCAAGUGGUGACUGGGCAAAUGAAUUUCAACAACAAUAUAAUGCAGGCCCGUCUAAUUGGGCCGAUCAGUUUGCACAUGAACAGGUAUCUACGGCUCCUGAUAGGUGGGCAGAUGAUUUUGCUAAUGAACGUGUGCAUCACGGUCCCGUAGAUGAACAGUGGGUCAAUGAGUUUUCGAAGUUGGAAGUCAAUGAUUGGGCCGAUGAAUUUGGGCGCCAGGUUGGCGAAGGGAUUCUCGGAGAUGAUACUGCUGAUAACUGGGCUAGUGCGUAUGAUGAGUACGUAAAUGAGCAAACUGUUUUGAAGCAGAAAUCCGACAGUUCAAGGGGAGUUUACGUGUUCUCUGAUUUGAACCCUUACGUGGGUCAUCCUGAACCUUUGAAAGAAGGUCAAGAACUGUUCCGGAAAGGUCUUUUAAGUGAAGCGGUUCUUGCUUUAGAAGCUGAAGUUUUGAAGAACCCUGAUAACGCUGAAGGUUGGAGAUUACUCGGUGUAGCACAUGCUGAAAAUGACGAUGAUCAACAGGCAAUUGCAUCGAUGAUGCGCGCACACGAAGCCGACCCGACAAACUUGGAAGUACUUCUUGCGCUUGGAGUGAGCCACACGAACGAAUUGGAGCAACAAGCCGCGUUAAAAUAUUUGUAUAGUUGGCUGCGCAACCACCCUGUGUACGGGAAAAUUGCGCCUCCGGAACUCUCGGAUUCUCUUUACUAUGCUGAUGUUGCUAGAACUUUUAACGAGGCAGCGCAAAUGUCACCCGAGGAUGCAGAUGUACACAUAGUUCUAGGUGUUUUAUAUAAUCUUUCAAGAGAAUAUGAUAGAGCAAUUGAAUCGUUUCAAACAGCUUUAAAACUCAAGCCACGAGAUUAUUCGUUAUGGAAUAAACUUGGGGCCACACAAGCAAAUAGCGUUCAGAGUGCUGAUGCAAUAUAUGCAUACCAACAUGCAUUGGAUUUGAAGCCGAAUUAUGUUCGCGCGUGGGCAAACAUGGGCAUUAGUUACGCAAAUCAGGGUAUGUAUGAGGACUCAAUUCGUUACUAUGUGCGUGCGCUAGCAAUGAAUCCAAAGGCAGAUAACGCGUGGCAAUAUUUAAGAAUUUCGUUAAGCUGUGCUUCGAGGGAGGAUAUGAUGGCGGCUUGUGAUUCGCGAAAUCUUGAUGUUCUUCAGAAAGAAUUCCCAUUGUAAAUUUUGAUGUUUAGAUCAAGUGUGGGGAUCAUUUUAUGAUAUGAGAUUUGCAGGUGGUUUAUAUGUUAUACUUACUAUCUAUAGGUUGGUUUACAUAAAGAUAUAAUGAGUCUGUAUUGAAUAUUGAUCCUAAAUAAUGAUGUUUUGUAACAAAUAAAUGCAAAGUGUUUUAUCUUA